GAAAGUACGACAUUGGAGUCAUUUUUUAACCUAAACAUAGGAAAAAACAAACCGUCGUCUCCGAGAUCCUCCUUGGCAUUCAAGGCCUCCUCCAGCCGUUCAGGGAGACAGCUCGGGAACGGAGCUUCAGGAUGCCGACUUAGGUGGAUGCCUGAAGUGCACUCCCUCCACUUCAUGUGAGACGGCUCUUCAGAUGAACCAACCCUGGGAAUUAAUUGAAGAUGGAUGUGUGCUUUGUAGUAUAACCAGGUGAAUUUGCCUUUCACCAUGAAGCCUGUCAGCUAUCAAAGCGUGCAGUCAUCUUUGAACGGCGGGCACCCUAACCUGGCGUUGGACCGGCUGCUGAGCACCUCAAACGUGAUGUACUGUGAGAAGUGUGGUUUUGCCUCGACUGAUGCUGCAGUGUUUAAAAAGCACGUGAUGGAGCACGCGGGAACCAGGUUUUACUGUUUUGUUUGCAACCAUGUGUACGGCAGUGAGGCGGAGCUAAGUGAACACCUGCAGCAGCAUACUUCAAAGUUCCCACUGAAAUGUCCACACUGCGGACAGGGAUACAUGAGGAGGCGAUGCCUUAUGAAGCACAUUGAACGGUUACACUCCAAAAACAUUAACCAAGGACCCGGUAGGCCCGGUAUGACAAAAACCUCCCUGGGUUCUGUCCCCAGUGCCUUAACGAGCGCAUCAACUGCUGAUCGGUCACCGCUUCCCCUUGUUGCCCAUGCAUCAGUACCUAUCCCAAUCACACCUGCUGUCAGAAAGGAUGAACAAAGAGGGAAAACACUUAACACAAAUGUGCCAAGUGUUGUUAAUGGCAACAUCGAACACAAGUCGGCCUUGCAGGGACUCACUCAGCACAACAGGGCGCUAACGGUUUCUCUGCCCGAGGAAGUGUCGAUACCUGCAGGCUGCCUGGUUGAACUCAUGGAAGUGAAGACGGUCAACGGGACAAAGGAGCUAAAGCUGAGGCUCGUCUCUAAGCAAGAUAAUGAGUCUGUUAUUAAGGAAACAAGAACUGCAGCUUCACAUAAUAGUUUACCAGAAAAACCACCAUCGUCUACGCUGCACCUUCCAAAUACGUCGCGGUCUGUCAGCAUGGGCACGUGCACAGUCAACAGGAAACCGUGUGAAAUCAGCAUGGAGCGUCCAGCUGUCAUCCCAGUCAGUGUUCCCAACAAACUUCCGAAUCCAGUCGCCAAAGAAACAAGUGGAUUGAAAAGAACGUCGCCGGAAAUAAUUAACCUGGAGGCUGUCAUCCCAAACAAAGUUUCCAAAAGUCUGCUCAAUCCUGUCAGGGAAGGAAACGGUGGGUUCAGACUAAUCAAACCUGCUCCUGUAAACCAUAAUACGAGCCCUCCUGCUGUCAUGUGCAGCAAGGUGGUCAGCAGGUCAAAUUCCACAACAACUCAUGCAGGCAGCUUGGGAAAUGGUGUUCUAUCGAGGCUGGUGGAGGACAGAAAGACUUCCCUUUUGGAGCACUCCAAGAGUAUCCCGACCAGGAGGGCAUCUGACAGUAUCUGUGACUUAUCUGCCACUGUGAAGGUGGAACCAGGCCAGAUACACCUGAAGAGCAAGCCAGGGAAAGAGGUGGCAUGCUUGAACCAGCAAAGCACGCCGGUUUCUAAACCCUCCAGUCUUCCUGUCAUUACAGCGCCACAGACGAGACCUCCUUCACUUGCAGUCGGCAGAGAAAGCGUCGCUAAAAAAACCUUUCCGACAUCAAGGAAUCUAAGCACCAGACCGUCAAUAAAACCAUCAUUUCCCACUAAUCACACAAACAGAAAAAUGUCGCCUUGGAUCCAGGAGGCUAAAUCUAAAGACAUGGGAAGAGGAGACGUGUCAAAAACGGAGAACUUUCCAGUGAUUUCUUCUGUGUUUUCAUUAAGCGAGCAGCCGCAGGAAGGCCAAGGAUUAAUGCAACCGCUGGUCAUGGCUCUGCGAGGAAUAGUGAUGGAUAAAAACCAAGUUUCCUGCACUUCAACUCAAGGCCACGUGGCGACAAUAAACGGCACGGAGCAGAGAUGUAAGGCUGCAGCAUCAGGACAACACGCUAACGCAGUCAUAAAACUAACACCCUCCACCUGCCAGGUGUUACCGAUGGAGAAAAAACAGGAGUCUGUUAAAGAGGAAAUGCAGGAUAAGAGCAUUCAACAUCCACCUAUCGUGGUCCAUAAAGAUGGUCACAUUAAAAAAGAAGAAAAUGUGACUGAAGCAGCAGGAAGUGCUAAAAGCACCCAAACUUUUGCUUCAGAAUCACCAGAAAGCAAAGAAUCUAAAUGUCCUGAUCAUGCGGAGCCACCAGUAACUGCAGAAAACGGACCGCCGCAAACAGGCACCAGUGAGGAUGCCAUCUCCUCCAAGUUUUUGACUAUCUCUUUAAAGCGGGUGCAGGUGGGCGUGUGGGAAAAAAACGAGAAAGAACUGAAACCUGGACUAUCCCAACCUCAGGGAGCUGCAGCUAGCCUCACUGACUGUACAGUUAUUUAUCCAAUGCCGCUGAAGAAGGACCAGCCGGUGAAAAGACCGGGUCCCAACCAACCGGUGGUGGUUCUGAACCAUCCCAAGCCCCGCUCCUCUGCAAAGGGAUUGAAGGUGGACUCUGUCGCAGACGCCUCUGAGCCUGUCCCAAAGUGCCAAAUCUUAAAGAUGAGGCUGAGCAAAGUGAUGGGAGAAAAAUACGAGGUGAUGGGCUGCACCGUCGGCGGCUUUCACUGAAUGUAUCGAUGCAAAUCUGCAGUUACCAGAAACAAACAAAAACUCUGUGGGUGUUAUCUACACAACAUGAAGGCUGUUAUUUUCCUAAACCACAAACAACGUUGUAUCAUAUGUAAUAUUCAAGUGCAAUGCAGGCUUUGAUUCAAAGUCUUGGACUGAACACACAGAUGUAUCAUAGUGUUUGAGAGUUAUGUCUGAUGUACCGAUGCAUGUUUUUUAUUUAAGACAAACGUGUUUUUGAACUGAAAAUUCUCCGAUGUUUUAUCUUUUGAUGCAGCAGACUGAAGAAAAAAGAAAAAAAUACUAACAAACCGUUUCAAUAAGUGUUUAAAGGUUGAUGUAAUGACUUAUUUGUACGUCCACGUGUGUCACAUUUCACUUGAAAUAUUAGGCAGGAAAGCGGUGUUUAAGUAUUAAGUAAGUAAAAUACAGAGCAAACUCAAAAUAACCCACUGUCUCCCUGUGUUCAUGUCCAUGAGUCUGUGUGUUGGGACAGCUUUACAUCAUUUUGGUUUGUCCACAGACCGACCCCUACGCUGAUCUUAGAAUCCCCAAAACAGAUUUUCAUAUUUUUCAUUUUAGUGCAGUGAAUUUGUUAAAUGAAAAUAAUAUCGAACACGCAUUGCCUUUUUCUGAUGUGAAAUUAAGCUUAAAUUGACACUGAAAGGUGUAGUGUAGAUUCAUUUUCCAGUAUUGGUUUUUGUUACAUUUCUCCAUUUGUUGACAGUUUUUGAUUACAUUUUUCUCUCAUCUGAUCAUUUUGGAGUCACAGGCUAUUGGACACAUCUGAAUGUUGACUUUUUUCUCCUAUUGAUGAUAAAAUGGGAGAAUACUGACAGGCCAAGUGGAGUUGACACAAUAAAUAAAAGAAGAAUACUACAUACAACCUUUACUUGUAAAGAUAUUAGAGUUAAAGGGAAAUUCUUAACGGCUAUUGCACAGCUUUAUAACAAACAUUUUUUUUCUUUAGUUGCAUCUCAAGUAUUUAACUUUCCUGUCCUCAGAACUGGCUAUUGUAAAGUAAUUGCUACACUUUAUUUUAUUUCAUAUUUAGUUGUGGCUAUAUUAGUCAUCAGAAGAUCAUCGAACGUUGUAUUACCUGCUGUAAAAGACAAUGGCUGUGGUAAUCUUGAAGCACUCCAAACUUUUUUUAACAUAUUGUCAAUAUUAUGACCUUAAUCUGUUUUUAUCUUCAGGCAGCAUUAGGGCACCUUUGUGUCCUUGUUGAUAAUAUAAAGCUAUGUUAAGGUGCUAGACUUCUCAAUUUCUAGGUUUUGUUUGCCUGGUUUUUAUUGACAAUACACAGUAUAAAUAUAAAUAUAUAUAUAUAUUUUGUCACAUUUAAAAGUUUAUUGUGAAUAUGGCUUCAACUCUAAAAAGUUAACAAAGACCUGGUGGGGACUGACGGCUUUUGCAGCCACACUCAUGCUGUGCUUUCCCGACGCUGCUGUGCAGUCCCUGUUGUGGAUUAUUCUCAUCGACUGUCCUUACUGAACGUUUUUCCUGGACUUUUUAGAUUUUCCUCGUUUGUGUGAGAGUGUCAUUACAGACAGAGGUGUUGUUUUUAUUACAUUCUUCGUGUUCAUUAAUGUUGUGCUCAAUGCUUUUAUAAUAACACUUAUGUAACAACUUUUUCUAUUAAAAAUCAUACAAAGUUGAA